AUAGCAAGACUGCAAACACCACGGGGAAGAAGUGUUUGCCGCACAGUUCAGAAAACACAACAAAUUUUGCACCUCUUGAAAUAGCCAGAAGGAACUGUUUUAUAGUAGUUGCGGCUUAACAGUAGAGCGAGGAAAGCACCUCGUACAGUUUCAACAUUUUAUUUUACGCGUUUUCCACUUAUUUCAUUCACCUAAGAUGAGCCGAUUUUGAUUGUGUGAGUGUGUGUGCAUCGAUUCACAGUAGGGAUACACGGUGCGAGCAAUGAAGAUUUUCCAGCCAAGCUGGGUCCAUCACGAUGAGAAAUCCAUUUUUUCCAUCGAUAUUCAUCCCAGCGGCGAAAGAUUCGCCACUGGCGGGCAAGGAUGCGAUUCCGGGCGCGUCGUCAUCUGGAACAUGGCUCCGGUGCUGAACGAGCAGGCCGAGUCGAACAAAAGCGUGCCCCGCAUACUGUGCCAGAUGGAUAACCAUCUGGCGUGUGUGAAUUGCGUCCGCUGGUCCGGCAACGGGCUAAUGCUAGCAUCCGGUGGCGAUGAUAAGCUGGUCAUGAUUUGGAAAAAGACAAUCAGCGGCAGCGGUGGUAUCGGGGCGUUCGGUGGUGGCGGAAAGUCCGUCGAACAUUGGCGCUGCAUUUCCACGCUUCGCGGGCACGCGGGAGAUGUGCUCGAUUUGGCGUGGUCACCGCAGGAUCGAUGGAUUGCCAGCUGCAGCGUCGACAACACCAUCAUCAUCUGGGAUGCGCAACAGUUUCCUAAAAUUGUGCACGUACUGAAGGGCCACACCGGACUGGUGAAAGGUGUCACGUGGGAUCCGGUGGGGAAAUUUAUCGCCUCCCAGAGCGAUGAUCGGUCGCUGAAGGUGUGGAAAACGACCGAUUGGAGCUGUUUCAAGACGAUUACGGAACCGUUCGAAGAGUGCGGUGGAACGACGCACAUACUGCGGCUGUCGUGGUCACCGGACGGCCAGUAUCUGGUGUCCGCACAUGCUAUGAACGGUGGUGGACCGACGGCACAGAUAAUUGAGCGAGAUGGAUGGAAGUGUGACAAGGAUUUCGUCGGCCACCGGAAAGCGGUUACGUGUGUGCGGUUCCACAACUCGAUCCUGAAACGAUCGGCACCGAAGACAAACAAGUUGCAGCAGUACUGCUGUCUGGCUGUUGGCGCGCGGGACAGAAGUUUAUCCAUCUGGCUGACGGCUUUGCAGCGACCGCUGGUAGUUAUCCAUGAUCUGUUUCAGGAUUCCAUACUUGACCUUUCGUGGAGCUGUGACGGGUACACGCUGCUUACGUGCAGUGGCGAUGGACACAUUGCCUGUCUGCAGUUUACCGCCCAAGAGCUAGGCACGCCACUCUCCGAAGAGGACAAAAACAUCCUCUAUCAGCGCAUGUACGGCAAGAAUGCCAACAUUGAUCUAACGGCACAGGCGGAGAAGGAAAUGAUUGUGGAAAAUUCAGACUUUUUGAACGUUUUGAAAAGUAAUCUCGUUCCACCGACCUUAGUCCCGCCACAGCCGCCACAGCUGGGAGCGAAAAGGGAUGAGGGUAAAUCGUCCCAAGCCACUGCUGCCGCCGCACCGAUGUCUAUGGCCAUUCAGUCUUCUUCCAGCUUAGCGGCCCCCACACCCAUUCUCAAACAAAUCGAAACGAAGACGGCGGACGGCAAGCGUAGAAUUACCCCGAUGUUCAUUCCGCUGAACGACGAUAAUGGUGUUCCGUCGAAUGCCACCAACAACAUGCCGACGGCGAUUGAAUUUGGCAGCAAAUCGAGCGAGAACAGUGUGAGCGUGGAGCCGAAACAGCUCGUAAGCGAAGAGCCAACUGUUCCGCUACCGACCGAACCAUCUUCCAAGCUGGAUAACCGGUUGAAACGAAUCGCCACUGUACCACCGCAGAAAGCAGAUGCAUCGGCGGGCUCAACCGAACAAACGACUGGUUCAAGCUCGAGUCAGCCAGCAUCGAACCAGAAGCUGGUUGAACGUACGAGACCCGUCACUUACUCUACGGGCAAAGCGACCGUCAUCCAGGGCAACUCCUUCAAAGCGUUUGGAGAGGUAAGGGUACAGGUGCAUAAUAACAGCGUUAAAACGGCGUACGGAACGCUGUGCCGUGUGGUCGGGCUCGUCGUGAAUGCUCAGCGUGUGGAGAGAAAGGUCUGGGAGACCGUGGUCGGUUCGCCGGUAGUUUGCUUCGCGGUUGCAGCCAAAUGUGCGCUCGUUUGCAGCCAAGACCACACGAUCAGAAUGUUGGACAACAAGACGGGCACCCCUGUGUUCCCGGUGCUCAGUCUAACAAGCCCAGCCGUACAGUGUACCUUUAGUUCAAACUCCAAGCUGGCCGCAGUAGUUACCGAAAGCGGCAUCCUUCGCAUCUGGAAUGUGCCGGAAAAAUCUGUUCUACUCUCGACAAACUGUGCAGAAGUUAUGAGCGGAAGUUUUGUCACCAUCCUGCACGUAUCCGACCAGGGCAUGCCCUUCAUAGUGCUGUCGAACGGAACAUCCUACUGCUACUGCCGGAAGCUUGAUAGCUGGAUGCUAAUCAACUCGUCCGAUCCCGUCAUACGGCACGGUCUGAUAGGCAACAAAGCGAACGCCCCAGUGAGAAACAUCAAAGCGUACCCCCUGUCAACGAUCCAAUCGUACGGCAGCUUUUCCGGACCGAAAGUCAACAGCUUUGCCGAAAUGCACUCGGCACCCUGGCAAACGUCCGCCGCGAUAGCGUUUAUCGAAAAUCAAAUAAAAAUCUGCGAAAUGAUUACGUCACCGGCCGAGCUCAAGUACUGGUACUCGAUGCUGGGCUUCCAAUUAGCACUGAACGGCAGCGAGGAAAAGAUCCGCCAAGUGUUGGACGAUCUGCUGGGCGCAUCGCACAGCCUGGACACGCGCAUGGGCGACGAUAACGAUCCGGCCGUGCUGGGCAUCUCGAAGCAUGUGUUUAUGGAGGACGUGCUGAACCACCUGAAAAUGCAAACCAAGUGGCAACGCAUCUACACGGAGUAUUUGGACCAGCUGAAAUUCCUCAAGGACCGUGACGGCAGAGACAAGGCCCUGCAGAUGGAGUAGAUGGAAGUAGAUCGAGCGAGCAAUAAAUGGUAGCACACACGUAA